UGACGCAACGACGCUGGGUUGGGGGAACCCGGAAGCGUUCGCGCAGUGUUUACAUUUUGCUCUUUGUUCGGUAAUCAAUACCGUUAAAAUGUCUAAAAAACGGUCGCAGAGCGCCGAGAACCGGAGCCUGCGCGCGGCCAUCGCCGAGCAGCUGUCGGUUGCCGCGGAGGAAAUCUUCCGGCUGCUCACGGAGCCCGGAGAGCCGGAGGAGGAGCACCUAAAGCGGCUGCUGACGGAGCCCGGAGAGCCGGAGGAGGAGCACCUAAAGCGGCUACUGACGGAGCUCAUCACCGCGGCCGUGGAGAGCAUCUGGGCCGCGUUCAGAGCCUCCAGACCGGCAGAGAAAGCACCGGAGCGGUCCGCUGCAGCCGCAGAGUUGUGUCUGUCGGUGGGCGUCCAGACUCCGCCCGGCGCCUCCUGCAGACCGGAUGUUUCUGAACCGGACCGCCGGGCCGAGUCUCUGGACCCCCUGGACCCCCUGGACCCCCUGGGGGGCGAGGAAGAGGAGGAGGAAGAGGAGGAGGAGGAGGAAGAGGAGGCAGCAGCCCCUCACAGCUGCAGAGUGUGCGGGAAGACCUUCGACAGGGAGGGUUUCCUGAUGAAGCACGCGGAGAAGCACCUGUCGGAGGCGUCCUGCGUGUGUGGUGUGUGCGGCGAGCGUCUGGAGACCGUUGGCGCCCUGCGGCUUCACCUGCAGACGCACCGCGACCGCGGCCGAACCUGCGACGUCUGCGGCAAGAAGUUCCCGUCCCUCCGGGCCCGGGACACGCACCGGCGCCGGCACACCGGCGAGAAGCCCUUCACCUGCGCCGUCUGUGGGAAAGGCUUCAGCCAGAAGGGCAACAUGGCCACGCACGCCAGGACGCACGCCACCGGGACGCACGCCACCGGGACGCACACCACCGGGACGCACGGCGCCCAGAAGCCCUUCAGCUGCGGCGUCUGCGGGGAAGCUUUCGGCAAGAGCGCCGAGUUGCGGCGCCACGCACGCAGCCACCAGCCGGACGGCAAGACUCCGGGUUCCAGCAGACGCAGGAAGUCGAGUCCGACGCCGUCUCACCGCUGCGGCGUCUGCGGGAACGCCUUCCACAACCGAGGGAACUUCGUGCGGCACGCCGAGACGCACCUGAACGACCCCGAGUCGCGCUGCUGCGGCGUCUGCGGCGAGCGCGCCGAGUCCUCGGCCGACCUGCAGCUGCACAUCCAGAGCCACCGAGAAGAACCGGGCCGCGGCGUCUGCGAGGUCUGCGGCCUCAGCGUGCGGGACAUGGCGGUCCACAUGAGGACGCACAGCGGCGAGAAACCCUUCCGCUGCUCCGACUGCGGGAAGGACUUCCCCAGGAAGGGCUCUCUGGAGAGACACCGGAAGCUGCACGCCGGCGAGCGGCCGUACAUCUGCGAGUUCUGCGGCAAGACGUUCGUGGAGAACACGGUGCUGAAGAGACACAUCAAGAGCCACACGGGGGGGAAGCCGCGCAUCUACGACUGCGACGUCUGCGGCAAGAAGUUCACCAUGAGCCAGCACCUGGACGUGCACAAGAGGAUCCACACGGGGGAGAAACCCUACGCCUGUCGGGUGUGCGGUAAACGCUUCCGGCAGAUCGGGAACCUGGACUCGCACACGCGGAUCCACACGGGCGAGAAGCCGUUCGUGUGCAGCCUCUGCGGGAAGACCUUCCGCCAGAAGAUCUCGCUGGAGACGCACGAGCGCUUCCACAAGAAGGAGAAGGCGUUCGGCUGCCCGCUCUGCAGCAAGGGCUUCGUGCAGAAGAUCGACCUGAAGAGACACCUGCUGACGCACAGCGGCGAGAAGCCGUACGCGUGCCGCGUCUGCGCCAAGAGCUACCAGGAGAAACGCUCGCUGGACUCGCACAUGAAGGUGCACGCCAUGGUCGCCGUGGCAACCGGCGCGGCAACCGGCGCGGCAACCGCCGGCGCCGUGCAGCCGGAGGACGCCGCGGAGGCAGCGCCGCUACCGCAGAGCCUCAAACGUCAGGACGGAGACUUCAUCCAGCUCUGCUGUGACUCAUCCAGCUGUGACUCAUCCAGCUGUGACUCAUCCAGCUGUGACUCAUCCAGCUGUGACUCAUCCAGCUCUGACUCCAUCCUGCUCUGUGACUCAUCCAGCUCUGACUCAUCCAGCUCUGACUCAUCCAGCUGUGACUCAUCCAGCUCUGACUCAUCCAGCUGUGACUCCAUCCAGCUCUGUGACUCAUCCAGCUCUGACUCAUCCAGCUCUGACUCAUCCAGCUGUGACUCAGCCAGCUCUGACUCAUCCAGCUGUGACUCCAUCCAGCUGUGUUUAGCCUUCGUAGGGCAGAGCAGCGCUGGGACCAGGGCUCACUGUGGUGAGUUCAGGUGUUUAGCCUUCGUAGGGCAGAGCAGCGCUGGGACCAGGGCUCACUGUGUUCUCCCUCCGGACCAGCAGGGCGGCGCCGUUCGCCGGGUUCACGACUACUAUUGUCCGUGUGUCCCUCCGCGGGCCCCGGAUGUGUCCGCUGCGGCCUCUCCUCUCCGUGUGUCCCUCCGCGGGCCCUGGAUGUGUCCGCUGCCGCCUCUCCGGCUCUCUUUGUCCGCAGAAAAAAGCAGCGAGAUGCGCGCGUGUGUGCAGCUGCUGCGGGUGACGGUCCACGAGCGGAUCCUCGCGGCCGCCGAAGACUUUCUGCUGCGGAUGGAGAAAGGAGCAGCAGAAGAAGAAGAAGCAGCAGCAGCAGAAGAAGAAAGACCGCGGCUGAGAGCGCUGCUCACCGAGCGGCUCUCGGCGGCCGCGGAGGAGAUCAUCGCCCUGCUGGAGGAGACCGUGGCGGGGUACGAAGACAGAGCUGAGCGCUCCGAGCAGGAGAUCUCCCGCCAGAGGAGGCUGCUCGAGGCCGUGCUGGAGCCGGAGGUCCGACUGCACAGAGCGGAUGUUGAGCAGCUGUCGGUGGUUAAAGAAGAGGUUCCCCCUGAGCAGCAGGAGUGUAGCUCCAGUGUGGACCAGCAGGAUCCAGAGCCCCUCCCACACAUUAAAGAGGAGCAGCAGGAGUGUAGCUCCAGUGUGGACCAGCAGGAGCCAGAGCCCCUCCCACACAUUAAAGAGGAACAGGAGGAACUGUGGAGCAGUCAGGAGGGAGAGCUGCUUCAAGGGCUGGAGGAGGCUGAUAUCACCAAGUUCCCAUUCACUCCUGUCCCUGUGAAGAGUGAAGAUGAUGAAGAGGAAGCUCAGUCCUCGCAGCUUCAUCAGAGACAAACUCAACACAUGGAAACAGAAGCUGAUGGAGAGGACUGUGGAGGGCCAGAAACAGCCAGGAACUCACAUCCACUCUUACAACCAGAGACUGAAGACCAGACCGGAGACUCUUCGGAGACGGACGACAGCGACUGGUCUCCGGCUAACGAAGCUAGCUCAGGUUUAGCGUCGGUGGCGGCUCAGAAACACGGCGAGGCUGCCGAGAGCGACGCCGGUUCUCCGGCCAAGGAGCGCCCGUUUCCCUGCUCGUACUGCGGCAAGAGGUUCAGCCUGAAGGGAAACCUGAACCGACACAUCCGAGACCACACGGGCGAGCGGCCCUUUCCCUGCACCGGCUGCGACAAGUCCUUCAAAGACAGCGGCUCGCUCACGGCGCACAUGCGCUGCCACACCGGCGAGCAGCCGUACAGCUGCCUGUUCUGCGGGAAGAACUUCAGCGGCCGGGGCAACAUGACGCGGCACAUGAGGAUCCACACGGGCGAGAAACCUUUCAGCUGCUCGCUGUGCAGCAAGAGCUUCCACGUCAAGGAGCACCUGAGCCGACACAUCAAGUACCACACGGGGGAGAAACCCUUCAGCUGCUCGGUCUGCGGGAAAGGCUGCGCCCAGAAGACCGACCUCAAGAAGCACAUGAGGGUCCACACGGGCGAGAAACCCUUCAGCUGUCCCUUCUGCGGGAAGUGCUGCGCCGAGAAGGGCGACCUGACCAAGCACAUGAGGGUCCACACGGGCGAGAAGCCGUUCAGCUGCAACGUGUGCGGGAAGAGCUGCGCGCAGAAAGGCAGCCUGAAGAUCCACAUGAGGGUCCACACGGGAGAGAAGCCCUUCAGCUGCUCGGUCUGCAGCAAGCGCUUCACCGUCACCGGACACCUCAAGAGACACAUGAAGCUGCACGCUGGCGACGCCAACGCCGCGGAGGACGCAGGCUCUCCUUCAGACUCACUACAGGAAGUGGAAGCUUCGGACACAACACAGGAAGUGGAAGCUUCGGACACGCAACAGGAAGUGGAAGCUUUGGACGCAUCGUGACUAAGAAAAGGUGUUUGAAUAUUCCUUCUAAAAAACACUUUGUUUGCACAUUAAAAAUGUCUUAUAUCACGUAAUUUAAACACCGUAGAUCCCCUCUCUCUGUCUCUCUGUCUGUCUGUCUCUCUGUCUGUCUGUCUGUCUGUCUGUCUCUCUCUCUCUCUCUCUGUCUGACUCUCUGUCUGUCUGUCUCUCUUUCUGUCUUUCUGUCUCUCU